AUGCCACAACUUUUCCCAGCCAAUCCCUCUGCGACCAUGGUCAUUCGCCAUGUGACGCCAGAUAUUGUAACCAUGAGUUUGCCAUUCGCGCGAUUUGGACACCUCCAAUUCGGCGGGCGGGGCACACUGGGUAAGGAACCCUUACAGCUCCCCAAAGCAGCGCACUGCACCCCGAGAAGGAAUCGGUCGAUGUGCACUUAUGCCAAACCCAUCAAACUCUCCACCGGCUCCCUCGCAGUAUUCUCGCCCGUCAGUCUGACCCCCGAAGUACGCGAAACCGUUGAAUCUCUCGGUGGAAACGUGAAGUACAUCGCCGCCCCCGACCUCGAACACCACCUGCAAAUCACCCCAUGGAAGCAAGCAUACCCACAAGCGGAGAUCCUGGCCCCCGAAGGCCUCUUCGAGAAGCGGCAGUCAAAUCCCCAAUUCCAAGACAGUCCCUUCGAGCACAUUUUCAAGAAGAGCGAUCAGCUACCCCGGACGAUCUCGAGGGAGUUUGACGCCGAGUUCGACACGGAGUAUGUUCAUGGUCAUGGUUCACGCGAGCUUGUCUUCUUGCACAAGCCGUCCCGCACACUUAUCGAGGCCGAUAUGCUCUUCAACUUACCUGCCACCGAGCAAUAUUCCAAAACACCGGAGGGGCCGAAGCUUAACUUUUUCACAAGGCUGUUGCUGCCUUUGAUGUCGACUCAACCCCCUGCUACCUGGCACAGGCGAUUCGCGUGGUAUAUCCUCUCGUCGAAUGAUCGCACGGCGUUCAACGAGUCAAUCAAUAACAUUGAUCGAUGGGACUUCGAUCGUUUGAUCCCGUGCCAUGGGGAUACCAUCGAGACCGGCGCCAAGGGAAUCUUCCGCGAUGUCAUGGCAUGGCACCUUGCAAAGAAAGAUAACUAG